AUGACAGCAACAAUGAGGAGCCCGCCUACUAUCGGCCCAGGAACUUGGAGAAACAGAUCACUGAGAGAAAUACAAUUGAACCAAACCGUUGUUAAAAACAGCGACCGAAAUUGUGAUAUUGGUCGUUCGUUAGACAUCGUUCCCCAGAUAAGAGACGUGUUAGCAAGUCUCAGCAAUGAGGAGAUCAAAAAGUACAUGCGAGAAGUCCGAGUUGUCGUGGCUAAGCUGAGGGAAAGCUUGCUAGAAACAAAUGAAGAGAUUAAGUCUUUAAUCAGAGCCAAGGAAGCGCUAGAGAGGACGCUUGAACACACACGCAAGGAUAUUCAGCUUAACAAGGAUUCUAAGUUUGUCCGAGUAACCAGACCUCCAGUAGAGAAGUAUCUUGAGUGCAUCAGAAAGAGAACAUUUACUUCUUUGCAAGAACGAUCUCGUGUUCUUGACCUCCUUUGUCACUCUUUGUCAUCGGUGUUGCGGCCAGAGAAGGACACACUUGUGGUUAAGCCAAAUCGUUGUCAGAUUGAAGGAAGAACAUCAAUGGUUGAUCCCGGACGAUUAGGAAUUGAAAGAACUGACCCACUUGGCCCGUACACGUUUGAGGUUGAUUCACUGCUGAGUGAUGCUACUGAAGCUCGCAAAGAUUCUGCCCAUCUACGCCGGGAUGCUCGAUGCAGUAUUGAUCGUAUUGACAAGCUCAAGCAAGCAGCACAGAAGUCGGUUAAUGAGGGACUUGUGCAGAAGGUGGCAGAGACCGUAACCCUUAAGCAACACAUUAACCUUGGCAUUGGUGAAAAUCGUCACGCCCUGAACAGAGCCCAACGCUGGUACGAUUCCACAGAGAGGGCUUUGGGUUAUACUUUGGGACCUGUAUGCUACUCAGAUCUCACAAUCAGAGAGCAUCUCGAUCGUCCUUUUGUGCGUGUUUAUCAGAGGCAUCCAGGAACACAGCUUCCAGAGGCUCAGGAAGUCAUUAAGUGUGGAAACAACCUGUUCCAGUCUCUGUCUGCCACCAGCAGAAACAUCGGCAUGCUGAGGAUUGCACAGAAAAAGCUGAGCGAUGACAAGCGCAGCAAGAGUGCUGCGGCAGACGUGGACAGCAGCGUGGUGCGCAUGAGACGCAGCAAAGCCAAUCACAGAUGGUGCUUAGGAAGUGCAUUUUAG